AUGGAGGUGGACGAGAUUCACCAGCAGCCUUGCAAGCUUUCGAGGUUCGACAACGGUAGAAGAGAUUCCAACAAGGUAGGACAAAAGGCAGGAGACCAGUACCAAGACGAUGAUGAAGACGAUAGAGAAGUUAGAAAUGGCGGAGGAGUGGGAAGAGGAGGCAUCAUUGGUGGUGGUGGAACUGAAAGUGCCCAUUUGAGUUCAUGGACUGGGUCUCGAAUUAUCAGAGUUUCUCGGGCAUCUGGCGGGAAAGAUCGCCACAGUAAGGUUCUAACGGCGAAGGGGCUCAGAGACCGAAGGGUUCGUCUCUCGGUCUCCACGGCCAUACAGUUCUACGAUCUCCAGGAUCGUCUGGGCUACGAUCAGCCCAGUAAAGCAGUGGAAUGGCUAAUUAAAUCCGCCGCGGACGCUAUUGCUGAGCUUCCUUCGCUUAACAGUGCCUUUCCGGAGACCCCCAGGCCAAGCGAUGAAAGGAGGUCUAGUGCCUCACAGACAAGGUUUGAUCAGGCCGAACUCGAAUUAGAAACUGAGCCCUCUUAUCAUCAGCAACAGCAGCAGCCGCACAUGUCCUUGACGAAAUCUGGAGGGAGCAGCACAUCUGAGACAAGCAAGGGUUCGGGCUUGUCCCUCUCCAGGUCUGAAAGCCGUGUUAAAGCCAGAGAGCGUGCCAGAGAAAGAACGGCUAAAGAAAAGGAGAAGGAUAAGGAGGAUGCUCUUGCUGUCCAUCAGCACAAUCUGAACCCUAAUUCUCAGAACGCGUCUUUCACUGAGCUACUCACCAGUGGUGGAGGUGCUGGGGCAAGUGAGAAUGAGAACAGCCCCUCUGAACCAGCCCACCCAGGUGGAUCAAAUUUUAUCCUCAAGACCACCCGGCAUUUACCUUCAACCCCAAUGGAUUACUUCGGUGCUGGGAUUUUCGGCUCGUCGUCAAGAAACAGUCAUUCUUCUGGGUUUUCAGCUUCAACUCACUUCGGGAAUCCUCCUCAGCCGCACUCCAUGAUAAUGCAAUCGCCUUUUGGUGUCACCGGCGAUCAUCAUGAGUUGCAGCAGUUCUCUUUCAUGCCUGAUCACCUUAUACCAGUUGCAACUGCGGCAGGAAGUGACUAUAACUUGAAUUUCAGCAUCUCUUCUGGCCUCGGUGGUUUCAAUAGGGGGACCCUUCAGUCCAAUUCACCGUCUCCGUUUCCUCAUUUUCAGAGGUUCUCUUCUUCCGUUGAUGGACCAAGCGUACCAUUCUUCAUUGGGACUGCAUCUUCACCUGCUGCUGCACCUGUGGAGAAUCAUCAGUUUCCAUCUGGACUGCAACUCUACUAUGAUGAUGGGUGCAGGCAAUCAGACCUGAAGGGAAAAGGAAAGAACUGAUAUCCUGGAAGAGCAGAGAUGACUCACGACCCGUCUCGGUUGCAGGCAGGUAAGUUUAUGAAGUGCAGUGCCGGGCCAUGGUGGUUGGAUGGAUGGAUAGAAAGCCCUUUCCUGCCUCAGGCAAAAAAAGAGGACAGCAUUAGUAUGUGUUGCGAAAUUUAUUAGUUUAUUCAGCUCGCAUUCCCGUAAAUACUGAUGAUUGUAAUGCAUAUGCAUUAACACAUUGUGUUUUGGUGAGGUACAUGUCACUGCAGAAGAUUUCAAUUCGUUUUUCUUCAAAAUUUUCUUUGGGAAUUUGAUUUUGACUUUAAUUCCAUUGAACUUUCAUAUGCAUCCGUGUUCUCGCAGUAAAGAACCCUGGUAUUGGCCUCUCAGUGAUGUUUUAUUGAGGUCUUUGGUGUUACAAAU